AAAGAAAAAAAAAAAAAAAAGAAGUUUAUAAUAUUAUUUAUGCUCACAAAACUGGUUAUAAAUAGUGGUGCUUCUGUAUGCUAACUGCAUAUAUAUCACAACUUGAACAAUGGAGAAGUUUGAGUUAGAAAAGAAAGUAAUUUCUGAAGAUGGUGAGGAGAAAAGGAAGGAAUUCAAUGGCAAGAAAAAGCAGCUUGGAGGUGUAAGAACAAUGCCAUUCAUCCUUGCAAAUGAAAUAUGUGACCGAUUUGCCGGCGCCGGAUUUCAUGCCAACAUGAUCACGUACCUCACUCAAGUCCUCAACCUGCCCCUCGUCAAGGCCUCCAACACCCUUUCCAAUUUUGGCGGCACCUCCAACUUCACCCCACUCAUCGGAGCCUUCUUAGCCGACUCCAUUGCUGGCCGGUUUUGGACCAUCGUCAUCGGCUCCAUUUUCUACUUAAUGGGAAUGAUAACAAUCACAACGUCGUCCAUCCUGCCCCAACUGCGUCCCCCGCCGUGCCCCACCCAAGUCGACUGUCGGGAGGCCUCCGACCGCCAGUUGUGGGUCCUCUACACCGGCCUCCUCCUCACCUCCCUCGGCACCGGCGGCCUUCGCCCGUGCGUCGCCACCUUUGCGGCCGACCAAUUCGACAUGGCCAAGCAGAAAACCGACCCGACUGCAUGGAACUUCUUCAAUUGGUACUUCUUCUCCAUGGGAGCGGCCUCCCUCCUCGCCCUCACUGUCGUCGUUUAUGUUCAGGACAACAUUAGCUGGUCGUGGGGCCUCGGCAUUCCCACCAUCGCCAUGGCCUUGUCGUUGGUGGCUUUCGUAGUCGGGUCGUCGUUGUACCGAAAGAUCCAGCCCGGGGGGAGUCCAUAUGUCCGGGUCGCGCAGGUGGCCGUCGCGGCUUUUCGGAAGAGAAAAAUCGAUAUACCGAGCGAUCCUAAUUUGUUGUACCGAAACAGAGCUCUCGAUGCGCGUAUAUCAAUCGACGGGACGCUUCUGCAUUCGGACCAAUUUAGGUGUCUCGAUCGCGCGGCCGUGCUUUCGUCACCCUCCGACAUGAAAUCCCCCAGCCGGCCCAACCCAUGGCGAUUGUCGACCAUCCAUCGCGUGGAGGAGCUCAAGACCAUCGUCCGAAUCCUACCCAUAUGGUCGGCCGCCGUCCUCCUCGUCGCCUCCCACGCACACCUCGGCAGCUUCACGAUCCAACAGGCACGCACCAUGGACCGCCACCUGUCCCCUUCAUUUCAAAUACCCCCGGCCUCGAUGUCGAUCUUCUCCAUCCUCACCGUUCUCGUCACCCUGCCGCUCUACGAUCGACUCCUCCUCCCCCUCGCACGCCGCCUCACCUCCAACCCGGUCGGGAUCACUUCCCUCCAGAGGAUGGGAAUCGGCUACGCCAUUAGCAUUUUCGGGAGCAUUGUCUCGGCCCUUGUUGAGAUAAGACGAAAGAAUGUGGCCGCGGAGUACGGGCUGCUCGACCGGCCGACUGCAGUGGUGCCGAUUAGCGUGUUUUGGCUGGUGCCACAGUACUGCGUGCAUGGGCUGUCGGAGGUUUUUAUGGCAGUCGGGCACAUGGAGUUUCUGUACGACCAGUCGCCCGAGAGCAUGCGGAGCACGGCGUCCGCGCUUUACUGGAUCGCGAUCGCAGCCGGGAACUAUUUGAGCACGGGUAUGGUGAGCUUGGUGCACGGGUGCACGGGGAGUAAAGGGAACUGGUUGCCAGAUAGGAAUUUGAAUCGGGGGAAGCUUGAAAAUUACUAUUGGUUGGUGACAGGCGUGCAAGCAGUGAAUCUUGUGUACUACGCGGCGUGUGCGUGGUGCUACACUUACAAACCGAUCGGGGAGGCUAUGGAGAGUAAGGAUGUCGAGUCCCGUGAUGAGGAUGAUAAGGUGAGAAGUUAGGUUGUGUGUUGGGUGGUUGAUGAUAGGGUUAGUUUUGUGCAAGUUCGGCUAUUGAUGGAUACAAUUAAACUACAGUGACAUAGAGGAUGAUAUAAACUUUGACAUAAUAACAUCUGUCACGAUCCUUUUAAUUUGCACAUCACAUCACUUUCAAAAUCAACAACCACUAAACAUAUACAUCAUUUUCUAUCAUACUUUAUGUCUAGCUAUUAUGUUAAAGUAGUUUUAUUAUUGGUGGAUAUGUCCACAAGCUCUAUCGUUAAAAUAGUUGUGUGUGAAUAGAUAACUUUUUUUUCUUCAUUUGGUGGAUCUUGAGAAAUUGAACAAUGUCUAAGUCAGGGGAAUGGAGUAUAGAAUUUAUUAACGCAAAAGUUCUACAUAUAAUUUGGAAAAGAUAAGUUAUAGAAGAAGAUAGUCUUCAUGCAUGUUGCAAGAAUCACAUAUUGGAAUAACAAAUGCUAGUGGUUCUAUUAUAAAUUUGUAGUUGGGUUAAACACAAAAAUAAUAUGAAAGAAUUAAUUAAAAACAACCAUCACAUCAUCUAUCCACAGUUGGCAUAUUAAUAUGCGCCCACAGCUAUAUAUCAAGAUCUUUGAACACCAUCGCCACCAUGUAAGGUAUGUUAAUUUUCUGCCACAUCAGUUGAUGGGCAUAUUAACUCGUAUGUCCUUCAUAGGGAGGCGAGCGGAGCCAAUCUUGAUCAUACUCAUUUCACGAAGAAAAAUGUCUAACCUCUAUUGAUAUGUAGGUUCUUAAAUUGUGAUUAAUGUUUUGUUCUCACAUCGGAUAUGUACUAAAAAUGUGUAAGAUGUCUUUAAUAUAAAUAGG